AGCCAAAAGCCGUGGAAGAGCCUGUCUUGGAGAUUUUCCCAGGGAAAUCCUGAGGUCAUUCAUGAUGAAGUGUGCCGCAAGGGAGUGGCUCGGAGUAACCGCAGUGCUAUUCAUGGCUAGAGCUAUUCCUGCCAUGGUAGUUCCUAAUGCCACUUUAUUGGAGAAGCUUUUGGAAAAGUACAUGGAUGAGGAUGGUGAAUGGUGGAUGGCCAAGCAAAGAGGGAAAAGGGCCAUCACAGACAAUGACAUGCAGAGUAUCUUGGACCUUCACAAUAAAUUACGAAGUCAGGUGUAUCCAACCGCUUCUAAUAUGGAGUAUAUGACAUGGGAUGUAGAGCUGGAAAGAUCUGCAGAAUCCUGGGCUGAAACUUGUUUGUGGGAACAUGGACCUGCUAGCUUGCUUCCAUCAAUUGGACAGAAUUUGGGAGCUCAUUGGGGAAGAUAUAGGCCCCCAACGUUUCAUGUGCAAGCGUGGUAUGAUGAAGUGAGAGAUUUUAGCUACCCAUAUGAACAUGAAUGCAAUCCGUAUUGUCCAUUCAGAUGCUCUGGUCCUGUCUGUACUCAUUAUACACAGGUGGUGUGGGCAACCAGUAGCAGAAUAGGUUGCGCCAUCAAUCUGUGCCAUAACAUGAACAUCUGGGGGCAGAUAUGGCCUAAAGCUGUCUACUUGGUGUGCAAUUAUUCCCCGAAGGGAAACUGGUGGGGCCAUGCCCCUUACAAACAUGGACGGCCAUGUUCUGCAUGCCCGCCAAGUUUUGGAGGAGGUUGUAGAGAAAAUCUGUGCUACAAAGAAGGAUCAGACAGGUAUUAUCCUCCUCGAGAAGAAGAAACAAAUGAAAUUGAACGACAGCAAUCACAAGUCCACGAUACCCACGUACGGACAAGAUCAGACGAUAGUAACAGAAACGAAGUCAUAAGUACACAGCAAAUGUCCCAAAUUGUUUCUUGUGAAGUCAGAUUAAGAGAUCAGUGCAAAGGAACAACCUGCAAUAGGUAUGAGUGCCCUGCUGGUUGUUUGGAUAGUAAAGCUAAAGUUAUUGGCAGUGUACAUUAUGAAAUGCAAUCUAGUAUCUGUAGAGCUGCAAUCCAUUAUGGGAUCAUCGACAAUGAAGGUGGUUGGGUUGACAUUACUAGACAAGGAAGAAAGCAUUAUUUCAUCAAAUCCAAUCGAAAUGGUAUUCAAACCAUUGGCAAAUAUCACUCUGCUAAUUCCUUCACAGUCUCUAAAGUAACAGUUCAGGCUGUGACUUGUGAAACAACUGUGGAACAGCUCUGUCCGUUUCAUAAGCCUGCUUCACAUUGCCCAAGAGUAUACUGUCCUCGUAACUGUAUGCAAGCAAAUCCACAUUAUGCUCGUGUAAUUGGAACUCGAAUUUAUUCUGAUCUGUCCAGUAUCUGCAGAGCAGCAGUACACGCUGGGGUAGUUCGAAAUCACGGUGGUUAUGUUGACGUUAUGCCUGUGGACAAAAGAAAGACUUACGUUGCUUCUUUUCAGAACGGGAUCUUCUCAGAGAGUGUACAGAAUCCUCCAGGAGGAAAGGCAUUCAGAGUGUUUGCUGUUGUGUGAAAUGGAACACAGGAGAGGAACAUAAAGACUCUUCCAAAUGUCACAUUCCUAAAGUUUGUAAAAAACUGUAACAUUAAUGUACAGAAGAUAUCAAGUAUUUUUAGCCCCAAAAAAGUACCGAAUGCGUACAAAUCUUGACAAAGUCUAUAAAGUAAAACAUGGGACAUUAGCUUUGGGAAAAGUAAUGAAUAUGUAAUGGUCUUAGAAAUCCUGUGUUAAAUAUUGCUAUAUUUUUUUAGCAGUUAUUUCUAUAGUUAAUUACAUAAUCAUGAUUGUUCUACAUUUCAUAUUUUAUAUGGUGCUUUUGUAUAUGCCACUAAUAAGAUGAAUCUAAACAUUGAAUGUGAAUGGCCCUGAGAAAAUCAUCUGGUGCAUUUAAAAAGAAGUAAACUGAAAGGAACUCUCUUGCAUUUUUCUCAGUCCGAUGCCAUGCCGUUGCCUACUCCGAAUAAUCUCAAUUAUCUCCUACCUAAUACCUGUACAGUUUUCCUCUUUGGUUUAGUCUAAUAGAAUAUUAAGUCCUGAUAUUGCACUUCUUAUUUUGUAUAAAAUAACCCUUUUCUAUUCAAAUGAAUCUUCUAAGAUGUUUGAGUCCUGGAAAAAGGUUUUAAUAGUAAAUGGAAUAAAGUUGGAGGAGUGGUGUGAAACAUUCCUAGAGAUCACAUGGUAAUACAGGGCUGAGCAUGCCCAGCCAGAGUUUUCCCUGUAUCUUUAAAAUUAAGUUCACACAUUUUCUUCUGUAUCCUGGCAAAUACUCCUGCAGGCCAGGAAGUAUAAUAGCAACAGAUUUAACAAAGAUGAGCUAAGGUAUCUAUCACCAUUACCACUGGUUUUCUUAAUGGUAAUGACCUUGUGUGUAAAUGUUGCCUUAUUAUGGUGCCUAUCAUGGCGAUAUGUUUCUUUCUAUGAAAAUGUAUUGUGCUUUGAGACAAAAAAUGUGUAAAAUGUUACUUUGGGUCAUUUUUUUCUGCUAAUG